AUGGACUCAUCUAAUACUCGUAUGAAGUGUGCUACGCAUCUACCCAAGGAAACCGAAAGAGCAGUACUCGUGCGGUCCAAAUGUGCGUUUGGAUUAAGUGAGUUCGAGUUUCUAGGAUUCACAGUUGAUUCCCGUGGAUACCGUCCAGAUUCGACACGUUUCGAACCAUUGACUAACAUCGAAUCUCCAAACGAUCAAACGCAUUUGAGACCCGUGUUGGGAUGCCNUAUCCCGAACGUUGCUACAAGGGCUCAGCCGCUUUUCCUCGCUCAGUGUUCGGCCGCUUGGGAAUGGUCGGUGGAGUGCGAAGAUAUCCUACGUGGUUUAAUUCGCUGCGUUACUGAUCGUCCUGUUCUGGCCCCGUUUUCAUCUCCAAAAUCUACUACACUCAUCACCGAUGCAUCCGACGUCGGAAUCGGUGCUCUAUUAGAACAAGAAGGUUGCCCAGUGAUCUGCAUUUCACGUCUACUCAAUGCGGCGGAAAAGGGAUACUCACAGACUGAAAAAGAAGCGUUGGCUCUAUUUCGGGCUGUUCGACGAUUGCACAAGUACCUUUUCGGAUUGUAG